AUUUCAGUACUAGAUUUUCCUUGCCAUCAUUUGUGAAGCGAGUGAGUAAACUCACGGAUGAUCAAAGAAGUGCAAUAAGGAAGAUGGGUUUUGGAAAUCUGCUGGAAAUGCCUAGUCAUAGGCUUAGAAAAAACUUAUUGGUGGAGCUGAUGGAAAAGUGGAGUUGUGAGAAGCUUGCUUUUGAACUUAUGCCUGGUGAAAUUCCCAUUACUCGGAUGGAUGUUGCGUUGAUUUUGGGGCUUCGUGUAGUAGGUAAACCUGUAGUCUUGAUUGAUGAAGAGCCUUUUACUGAUAUAGAGAAGGAAUAUGGUGCUGUUUUGUGGAAGAGGAAGAUAACAGUUGCAUCACUUCAAAGCAGACUUGAUGCUCUUGGUGGGGUGGUUAAUGAUGAUUUUGUUAGGACUUUUAUACUAUUUAUAUUUGGGACUUUUCUUUUCCCAAAUGCCAAUGGAAAAGUAAAUUCCCGUUAUCUUUCUUAUCUUAAAAAUUUGGAUGAUUUCUGUCAUUAUGCCUGGGGUGCAGCUGUUGUUGAUGAUAUAGUCAGCUGGCUGAACAAAAGAAAAGAGACAAAUAUACAAUAUGUGGGAGGUUGUCUUAUAUUUCUCCAAAUAUGGUCUUAUGAGCAUAUCAACAUAGCUCGGCCUGCUUUACGCAAUAGCUGCUUGACAUUUCCUCGAAUAUGCCAAUGGGACAAUAGUGGGUCCUAUGAUAGACACUGGUUUGCUACAAAGUUUAAAGACCUUGAGGAUCAUCAGGUAAUUUGGAAGCUUCAACCAACUUCUGGUGAGUUAGAAAUCGAUUUAGUAAGAGAAUUAAUGGAGGAACAAUAUGUUGAGAGGGAGCUUCUCAGACCACAACACUGUUCAACCCCUUUUCCAAUUGUUCAUGGGGGUAACUUGAGAAUCAGAUCUCAAGUAAUGGAACAAGUCGUUGUUGGAGUGAAAAUUGAAUCAGGUAGAAGCACAUGGAAACAUGAAUCAGAUACAAGCAUUGUUAAUGAAGUGAACAUGGUAAAAGAGAUCGAUUCGGAGCAGCCGAAAGCGUUAGAAAAUGCUCCAGGUACAGUAACUAGAACUAUGGAUUUUCCAUCUACAUCAGGUUGCAUGUCAAAUACACACAAGGAGCAGAUGGAGCUAAAUUUUUCCUCAAAUUUGACUGCAGUUGAUGAGGAUGACCCAAGAACAAGAAUUCGGAUAUUGGAAGAGCAAAAUAUGGAAUUGAAGACGGAGAUGGAGAAUCUGAGAAGAGAAAAUAUAAUUUUGAAAGAUCGGCUCUUGUUAAGUUCACAGUUAGAAGAGCAGAAUGUAGAGCUGAAGAAAGAGUUGGAUUACUUGAGAAGAGAAUGCUUGUCAUCAAAUAAUCUUGUGCUUAGACUAGAGAGAGUUUUAUUGGACGAGGAUGUAAAUGCUGCAGUAGAAACAUAGACUUCCACUUACUAAGGGGGAGAAUAUUUUUUCUUUCAACAAA